GCAUUGUUCGUGAGACGUUACGAUUGUUCUCGAGACGUUAGCAAGAAGCAGAUGAAGUUGUGGUUGGCGUUCUUGUUGUCGUCGUCCUCAGUGAUGGAGGAAACGAGCUUCUCUAUUCUUGCUGCCGACUAGUACUCUUCAGCUAGAAGACCUCGUGACUUCGAUGACGUUCUUGUUGUUGUCGUCCUCAGUGAUGGAGCAAACGAGCUUCUCUAUUCUUCCUGACGACUAGAACUCUUCAGCUAUGGGACCUCGUGACUUCGAUGACGCGAUAACAGAUUUCUUAUCGGAUGAACGUGAAAACUUCGGUAUGAGUUCCGAAGACCGGGAGUCACGAGAAAGAUGUCAAGAAGUGAAGGAAGGUGCAGCGGAGGAGAGGAGCAUUGGAGGAAACGGAGCAACGUCGAAGUCUCAUCUUGUGCGACAACGUGUUCCAGGUCUACGAGUCAGAGCUCAUGAUGAUCCGACGCGUUUCGUGAUAAUACCAGGGCGGAAAGGGAAGAGAGGAGAGACAGUUGUGGUUCUUGGACCGGAACAGAAAUGGAUGGCGAAAGAUCCACCCAUCACGGUUAUGUCAGAUGCCGAAUCAGACUCACUUAUUGACAGACAAGACUUGGAGAACACCAGGGGUGUUGCCCAACGACAACCCUACUCGGAUUUCAAUCGAUCUGAUAGUAACGUCGAUCUAUCCGACACGAGUCAGUCCUUCCAUAAGACUCAGAUAGCCGAGCCUGCAGAUGUUUUGGACUUCUCCUCAUUGAGUCCAAGGAUGAAACUCAACAAGCGGCGACAGAUGUACCAUGAAAGGAGAAGGAUGUUAUCAGAACAGGAAGACAUGCGGAUAAGGAGGUUUGGAACAGUACAAGGAGCAGGACGACUGAGAGCAGACCUCAAAGCUUAUGCCUAUGUGGAGAAACAGAUGAAUAUUCGGAAAGGGAGUGAAAACCCAGUAGUGAUGGGGUCAAUUCCUGGAACUGAAGUUGGAGACUACUUCUUUUACCGUAUAGAGCUACUCCUUGUGGGACUUCAUCGUCAAGUUCAAGCUGGAAUAGACUUCAUAAGCGCAAGUAAGACAAAGUAUUAUGACACCCAAGGGAAUACCUUGCCAGUAGCUGUGAGCGUAGUCUCUGUUCGUGGUGGUGGAUAUCAGAAUAAGCACGAAGGAGAAACUCUCGUGUAUACCGGUCAGGGCAGCAACAAGUCUCAUCAAGUUUUGGUGAGGGGUAACCUGGCCCUUAAGAAUAGCUGCGAUCUUGGCUUGAGUGUAAGGGUUAUUCGCGGAAUUGAGGUGAUGAAAGGAGACGCUGCAAUAAAUUUUGAUGGGUGUCAAGUACUUCAGAGUCCAUCUGGAUAUAUCUACUUUUACGAUGGUUUGUAUGACGUGAAGAAUUAUUUCCAGGAGGUGGGUCCCGGAGGCUUCAAAGUAUGGAAGUUCAGGCUUGAUAGACAGCAAGGGCAGAACCCGAUUCCGCACAUUUUUAUGACCGUAGUCUAGAUAUUCUCAGAAAUUCAAUUUCCAAAUAACCGAGAUCUAUUUCAAUAAUCUGUAUAGCUUUCUUUUCUAUUUAGUAGCAAAUGUGCACAGUUAACAUCUUCAUUUCAUGUCAAUUUGAUACUUAUCAUAAUACAGGUUAGAUACGCAAAGUGUUGGUGAAAUAGGAGCUCAAUUGAAAAAAAUUGUCUUACUAUCUCAUAUAUGCAGAGAAUUGAAAUUUCUCACAAUUACCAUAAUUUUGCUUUGCAACUGUCAAACUUUUUAGUAUUAGCCCUUUCCUCACGAGUGAUGUCAG